GCGCGGCGAUCAGAACUUCAGCCUGACAGAUGCAGCAGCACACCGACGACAUGGAGGUACCUUUACUUAAUGAUACUAACAGUAACAGACAGAAGUCUGUGUCUCCAGACAGGGAUGGGUUCAACAUACAGCAGAAGGAUUCGGAGGGGUCCAUGGAGUCCACCAACCUAGAGUUUGAAUAUGGGGACACAGACAGCUUCACUGCAGAACUCUCAGAGCUGUAUAGCUACACAGAGGAGCCAGAGUUCAGUCUAAACAGGGAUUAUUUUGAGGAAGACUUCAAGAAUCAUGUGAAGGGAAGGAGGUGGAUGGAGUUGAGUAUGGAGGAGCAGAGGGCGUAUGUCAUGAGACUCCUUGAUGCUCUGGAGGUCACAGAUCGAGACAAGAGACUCAAAGUGUCUAGAGCCAUCCUGUAUUUGGCCCAAGGUGUGUUUGAUGAGUGUGACACAGAGAUAGACGUCCUCUACUGGUCUCGACACAAUGUCUUCCUCCUCUACGACAUGGGCAUCUUCACCGCUUUACUGGAACUCCUCAGCAUGGAGAUAGAAAAUAACCAGGCAUGCAGCAGCGCGGUAAGAAAACCAGCUAUAUCUCUGGCAGACAGCACUGAACUUAGGGUUCUACUAAGCAUCAUAUAUUUGAUGGUGGAGACCAUUCGUGUGGAAAUGGAGGGUGACAACCCAGAGAGGAAGGCAGCGAGAGAGGCCUUCAAAACAGAGUUGGGUUCACCCCUUUAUAAUGGCGAGCCCUUUGCCCUUCUCCUCUUCACCAUGGUAACCAAGUUUUGCAGCAUGAAUGCGCCCCAUUUCCCCAUGAAGAAAGUGCUGCUCCUACUGUGGAAGACCAUUUUGUUCACAUUGGGAGGUUUCGAGGAGCUGCAGGAGAUGAAGGUGAGAAUGAGAGAGCGGUUUAAUCUACUGCCCCCCCCUGAGGACAGCAUUAAGGUGGUGCGAAAUAUGCGAGCCGCCUCCCCUCCAGCCUCGGCCAUGGAACUCAUCGAACAACAGCAGCAGCAGAAGAGAGGACGCAGGAGUCGCAGGAGUGCCUUUGUUGAUAGCUUGGAAGGAGACAGUCCCUAUGCCAAGAAACAGCCCCUGGUCAAGCAGGACAGUCUGGACACGUACAAUGAACGGGACCCUUUCAAGAAUGAUGACACCCGGGAUGAGGAGGAAGACCCAGAGGACGUGGACAGUGGCAUUGAGGGAGAGGUUGACCCCCUCGACAGAGACGUCAUCAUCCAACCGCCGCCCCCACCACCACCACUGCGGCCCCCCACUGAGAGAGUAUCCUUCCCCAAGGGACUGCCUUGGGCCCCCAAAGUCAGAGAGAAAGACAUUGAACACUUCCUGGAGACCAGCAGAAAUAAAUUUAUUGGCUUCACUUUGGGAAAUGACACUGAGACCCUGGUUGGGUUGCCCCGGCCCAUACACGAAAGUGUAAAGACUCUUAAACUGCACAAGUAUGUCUCCAUAGCAGAGGUCCAGAUCAAGAGAGAGGAUGAGCUACAGCAGUGCCCCAUGACUAUGGGGGAUGAGGAAGUGCAAGAGACACCUGCAGAGGUUCUAUAUUUUGGAAUGCUGCCCAGCCUCUCACAGUAUGUAAUCGCACUUUUGAAGCUGCUUCUGGCUGCUGCCCCAACCUCUAAAGCAAAGACAGAUUCAAUCAACAUCCUCGCCGAUGUUCUGCCCGAGGAGAUGCCAAUCACUGUCCUCCAGAGCAUGAAGCUGGGCAUUGAUGUCAACAGACACAAGGAGAUUAUCGUCAAAGCCAUUUCUGCUCUCCUGCUACUGCUGCUCAAACACUUCAAACUCAACCACAUAUACCAGUUUGAAUAUGUGGCGCAACAUCUGGUUUUUGCCAACUGCAUCCCUCUCAUCCUGAAAUUCUUCAACCAGAACAUCAUGUCUUACAUCAGUGCCAAGAACAGUAUAUGUGCCCUGGAUUUUCCACAUUGUGUGGUUCACGAAAUGCCUGAACUUACAGCUGAAAGUCUGGAAGCUGGUGACUGUAAUCAAUUCUGCUGGCGUAAUCUCUUCUCCUGCAUCAACCUACUUCGGAUCCUAAACAAAAUCACCAAGUGGAAACACUCCAGAACUAUGAUGCUUGUGGUGUUUAAGUCUGCUCCAAUCCUCAAGAGGGCACUAAAGGUCAAACAAGCUAUGAUGCAACUCUACGUUCUCAAACUCCUCAAGAUCCAGACUAAGUAUUUGGGACGCCAGUGGAGAAAGAGCAACAUGAAAACCAUGUCUGCCAUUUACCAGAAAGUACGACAUCGGCUCAACGAUGACUGGGCGUAUGGGAAUGACAUUGAUGCUCGGCCAUGGGACUUCCAGGCAGAGGAGUGUGCGCUUCGAGAGAGCAUAGAGAAAUUCAACACACGCCGUUACGAUAAGAAUCAGAACAGCGAGUUUACACCAGUAGACAAUUGCCUCCAAAGUGUUUUGGGUCAGCGUGUCGACCUGCCGGAAGACUUCCAUUACAGCUACGAGAUGUGGCUAGAAAGAGAGGUGUUUUCCCAGCCAAUCCAGUGGGAAGGUCUGCUACAGGCCCAGUGAUGCAGCUAUUAACAACUAUCACAGAUUUAAACGGACAGUGCACCCAAAAAUUAACAUUCUGUCACCAUUUACUCACGUUGCUCCAAACAGAAUGACCUGUUUGACCUGAGGAUGAGUAAAUGAUAACAGAAUCGUCAUUGUUGUCUGAACUAUCCCUUUAAUGAUGUGCUGUUUGUGUGAGAAAGACACUUUUGGUCCUUAAUGAACUGACAUAAUUACUGUGGGCUCAUAAUUAACACACAAAUACUCAAAGCAUCGGGCCUACCAUUCCAGUUCUGUAAAUGAAUGCAUGUAAAUACAGAUAUAUACGUGAAUACGCUAUAUGGAAUGGUGACUCUCGAUUGGUAAGUAUGUGUAAAGAGCAUAUAUAUGAAAUCCUGUUUAUGGAAUGAAAGUAUCUUCUCCAAUAUCUGAAGCACACUUUAUAUCUACACAAAUACAGUAUUCUAACGUAUAAACUAUCCUGAAAUUGUUCAUAUUUAUUUAUAUGGUCACUCAUUGUGUAGAACUCUAAAAAUAUGUGUCAGCUUUUGUGCUUAAACAUGAUUUAAAUAUAAAGACGUUCAUGAGUUUGUAAGGUACUGUUACCUUUUCCACCUGUUACCAUAAUUCUGAGGCAGGGUCUCUGGCAGAUGAAUUUACUCAUCCACAGUUUAAUUGAUGAGUUGAUGUGUUAAUUAUUAGAUUGUUAUAAUUAUAGUGUGUUAGUGUUCUUUUUUGUCCACAUGUAGCACUGCACAUCACCACACACAGAGACCCAUGAGCAGCACAAUACACAUUCAAAGUGUCCUUGGUGACUUUACCGUUGCCCACACUAAAAAUACGUCACUCAAUAAACGGUGCUGGUUUUUAACACUCUCUUUGUUAAUUGUGUCUUAUUCUCUGUCAAGGUUAUAUGACAAGGUUUUGUGCAACACUACUUCAAGUUGUUCUGUUUCUCAGUGUUAAAUAUAGAUUAUUCACACAGACUGCACUUCAGUGUUCACUCGUGGGUUUGUUUGUACAGGGUUUUGUCUUGCAAUGUCAUUUCCUUAUCUGUUUUUAUAUUCCUAUUGUUUUGUACUAAAUUAAGGUGCUGUUGAUUUAAACUACCUAUGAUGAAUCACGCCAAAUACAGCACCACCACGUUUUAUAUGUACACUUGAUUUGUUGUACCUGUACAAAAUACACUGUAAGUGAUUGUUGUGAAUUUAUGUAAAAGUCUAAUAAAUUAUAAAGAGGU